AUGAGGGAAGCAGUGGCGCUGUCGUCGCUGCGGGCAGUGGCGUACACGCUAGAGGCGGGUAUCAUCUUCCACUCCAUCUUCAUUGGCAUCGCCCUCGGGGCAAACCAUGACAGCGCCGAGAUCCAGGGGCUUGCCGUCGCCCUCGUCUUCCACCAGGGAUUCGAGGGCAUAAGUCUUGGAACUGCAGUCGCCCCGUGCCGCUUCUCACACCUCAAGACCCUGUGCAUGGGGCUGCUGUUUGCAUUCACCACACCUCUGGGCGUGGCUAUAGGGUUGGCCGUCCAUUCGUCCUAUAACUCCAACAGCCAGGCUGCUCUGGCAACUGAGGGCGCGUUCAAUGCCGUGUCGGCUGGCAUCCUCAUUUACAACGGACUCGUUGACUUGUUAGUGCCAACGUUCGACGAGCACGACGAAAACACCCCCAAGGAUCCGAUUGCAUACUUCUUUGGGUUUGUGUUUUUGUUUCUGGGAGCUGGAGCCAUGAGCCUGCUCGCCAUAUGGGCCUAG